GCUUUGUGAGAAACGACGCGGAGGUGUUUGGGCGGACGAGGGAGUCUAGAAACAUCUGAACAAGAACAUUUGAAAAUCCAAGAAGCAGAGAGCCAUGCAGACUACAAACCAGACUCGGAGUGGGUCAGACCCUGUGACCACAGCCACCGUAGAGCCACCACGGGACACUGAGGCUCAGCCAGCACAGACUGAGCCAGAUGCACAAGAGGACAGCGAGGCAGCUGCUCCUGCCGAUGCUAAGAAGGUGAUCACACCAGAGGAAAGUGAAAUGAGGCUACAAACAGCAGAAACAUCCUCAAAGGUGGGGAUGGACAUGGAUGCAGCAGCAAAAUCAGCUGUACCUGAAACAAACACGAAUCCUGGAUGUGAUGGGCAAAAGGUGAAAAAGCAGGAGAAAGCUGGAAGUGACGGCAGGAAAUAUGUUCCUUCCAAGAAGGCCAUGAUAGAUCCCCUGAAGAUGGAUAUGUCCAAACCACUGGUCAUGCCUCUCACAUCGUCUCAGCUUUCCCUGCAGUGCAUGGAGUGCCAUAUAAUCUUCAGUGAUCACAAGAGCAAAGAGCGUCACCUCAAGUUAAGCCACCCAGCAGAAUAUGAACAGUGCAUACUGAGGAACGCCCUGUUUGCCUGUUAUGUUUGUGAUCGGCAUUUCACAAACUCCACAGAGCUCAUGGUCCACCAGAAAGCCCACACAGAGAAGAAACCUUUCAAGUGUCCGAUCUGCAGUCAGGCCUUCAAAAAGUCAUCAGAGCUGACAGUUCAUAAAAAAAUUCAUUUUGGCCAGGAUGGUUAUGCCUGCACUGACUGUGGCAAACCUUGCAAAACGCUGACAUUGCUGAAGUAUCACCGGCGCACACACACUGGAGAGAGGCCUUAUAUUUGCAAGGAGUGUGGAAAGAGGUUCACCAUGUCCAAAGCUCUGCAGAGACAUUUGGUAUUACACUUUCCAGAGGGAGCUGAAGGAGAUGGGGGAGACACCACAGCUAAAGCACAACCGAGGAAAAAUGACGGUGCCACUGCAACAAAAUAUUCUUGUUCUGUAUGCAAGGCCACUUUCAAGAGUUCCAGGACACGUCUGCAUCACAUGAAAACUAAGCACAAUGUGUUGGCUGCGGCCAGUAAUGCUCUUCCAGAAGGACAGCAAGUGAAACAGAGUACCCCCAUUAUAACUCCAAUAUCCAUCUGCCAGCCAGCACUACUACAGGUGGAACCUAAUGGACCUCUGCAAAAAGUUGAUGCCAAUAUUGACACAGAGCAGAUUCGCAAACUUAUUGAGUCUUUGGGCAAUGUGCAGAAAGUGAACCAAGUUGUCAUAUUGGGGCAGGUCCCACCUCAUGCCCCACCACUGGAGGUGCAGCAAAUACCACAAGUGGUACAGCCGGUGAAUGUGCAUCUCAGUCCACCACAGAUAGAUUAUAUAGGACUGAAACAGACAGACUCUAAGACAGGUGAAUCUGACCCUCCAAACAACCCAUAUGACCCAAUGGAGCAAACAAUUAUACUGGAACCUAUUACUCCAGAUGGACAGCUGGAAAAUCCCUCUUUCUCAGAACUAAGUUCUCAUAUAGCUGUGGGUAUAAAUACAGAGCUAACACUCAUUCCAGCUGAACAAACAGAGAGAACUGAGGCAGAGGCGAUGCAUCAGAUCCUUCAGCAACCAGAGGUGGGUGCACUUCCUUCUAAUCCUCUGGAGCAAAUGGUUUGUCAAAAUGAGGUAGAUGAUCUUAAACAAAAUCUUGUCAUAUUAGAACUUACUCCUGCAUUGAUACCAACUGAGGAGCUAGAACAAUCCCAAACUGUGCCACAAAUCGAAAUCCCUUCAUCCUCUCUGGUGCCAACCACAGAACUAGAGACUCCCGAUAAGGCUGCAGAGCAGACUGUACUAGAUGAGCAAGAAGCCAGCCUGUCAGUUCCACCACUUAUGCCUACUGUUGAGUUGGAGCGAACAUCUUUACAACCAGAGGAACAGGACCUUUCUUCUUGCCCAGUAGUUCAACCAGACACACUCACCCAAGCUGCAAGUGAAUCGAAAAUUGAUUCCAACAAAGUAUUUGAUUCACAAAUGCAGACUGUAGGUUCAGAUCAAUUGCAUGCUGUGAUAGAUCCAGGCACACAAGAAGGGACACAAAAGAACGCAGAAGAAGAACCACCUGAGAAAUUGCUGGUAGAAAGCAAGAACAGCCUGUCUGAAUCAGAGAACCCACCUGCUAAAGAAGAGGUUCUGUCACAAUUACAGUCUAAGAAGGUGGCAAAGAUCUCUGAAUUACCCAUUAACGUAAUGUCAGCCCAAGAGCUGGUGAAAGUACGGAAAAGAAAGCCAGCCAGGGCUUUUAUUUUUCAAGGCUAUAUGCAAGACCUUGUUGGAUCCAUUUACCAAGAUGACUUUGAAAUUGAUGCCAAACCUGCCAAGCGCCAAAGGACAAAAAAAACUCACCUUGUUGUUAAAUUUGGUCCACAAAGCAAAGAGAAGAAAAACAAGAAACAGAAGAAGCCUUCACAGCAGCGUCAGCCAAUGGAGGAAGAAGCAACAAGAAGUAAAACGCCACCAAAAAAAGUCACAGAGAAAAAAGUACCAUCACAGAAGAAGGGAAGGAAAGGAAAAAAGGAAAAGACAGUGGAAAGUGUAUUACCUACUGCUGAAAUAAAAUCACCCUUAUUGGUCCAGGUCCCACAGGUAGAUCAAAUCAAAGAGGAUACAAAAAAAAAUAAGAUGAAAAAGCAGAACAAAGUGGCCAAGGUCCAGGGGGUUGUUCCGCAUAUAAGUAAGCACAAAACUGUAGCAUCAUCUAUGCUUACAAAGAAAAAACAGGCAAAAAUAAUGCAGAAAGAUCAGCCCAAAAAUGCAAAGGAUGGGAAGGUAAAGAAAGACAUGGCAAAAGGGAGAAAAGUCAAAAAGGCGGACGCAUCUGGCUCAAAUAUAAAGCAAGACUCGCUGCUUCUACUAAAAGGUCAUAAACAGCCCCAGCUGAAAGUUUACAAGCUAGACCCUUCUAAGGCAUCGAGCCAAGCCUCUGAGGCUUCACCUUAUGAGUCCCAGACAAUAUCACAUCAGACUAACAAUAAUCUCGAGCAUCCAACAAGCGAGUCCACAGGUAAUAUCACAGCAGAAGGUAAGAAAAAAGGAGGAAGACCGAAGAAGAACCAGAAAGCACUUUCAUUGAUGUCCUCGCUCCAGCUUUCCCAGCAACCACCUGAGCCUCUGCCCACCAAGCCAAAGACCACAAGGAAACGCAAAGCUUCCUCAAAAGUAGAGACUGAAGGAGUGAUAACUUCUCAUUCCAAGCGUGCCUUAGAGUGUAAGGACUGUGGAGAGCGAUUUAGUGAAGUCUCAUCCCUUCAGAAGCACAAGGCAACUGUGCAUAUCAUAGAAAGUCCCAGUCUCACGUACACCAAUGGGAAUAUUUUUGAAGGUGUCUCUACUUUAGACCUUUACCAGCUUUCCAAAGAGAAUGAAAAAGUUGUUGGGGUGAUGAAUGCUGCUAUAGACUGGGACACUGAGCCAGAGAUGGGGGAGAAUGCAUUAGAAGAAAGGGAACGAAGUGUCUCGUUUCCAGCUUUGAUUCCGUCCCCGUCUUUACCCAUUCCUCCUCCAGAUGUUGAAGUGAAUCUAUAUGAAGAUAAGAGUGGAAGCAAAACAGAAGAUGAUAAUCCAUCUCAUAAAUCUCCAAUAAUUCACUCACCAUCUGAUCAAAUAAAACAUUGCAAGGCUCUUCCAGAUUUCACACCUGAAUCCUGUUUAAGUACCUCUACUCAGACAAAGACUUCUGAGACUGGAAAGCCUUCACCAUCAGAUGAUGAGAGGCUAGAAGAAGGUACCCCAAGAAAUCUCAUCUCCAAAUGUGAAGUCCAGGGUACAACAGAUGAAGAUAUUAAGGAAGAUUUCCUUCUAGAGGUAGAUUUAGUCACUGUUGGGGAUCAGAAUGAAAAAGAUGAUCCAGCUUCUCAUGAUGACACUGUUCCUCAAAAUGAAUCUAAUGCAAGCUGCAAUUCUGAAGGUCGAAGCACUGACAAAGGACCUAACCAAGUCAGUCCUGACACAACUGAAAAAGGUCUGAUUUCACAAACUGUGUCAUGUUCCACUCAUCAAGUGGAGAUAAAAGAAGAGGAAGAAGAAAUGCUAGUUCAGAAGCAAAAGGGUGAAGGGAAGGGAGCUGUUAUGAGGAAUGCUGCGAGAGGUAGGAGAAGAGGAACAGGGCGUCUGAAAAGGAAUAUACCAUCAAAGAGAGUUUCAGCUGGAGAGCCUCCCAAAGGCUCAGAGAAACAGCAGGAUUAUUGUCAGGUAGUUUAUGAAAAACUUCUCAUCACCUCAGAUUCAGAAAUGAUUGACUGUGAGAUCAGCAAAAAGACCUCACAGCCAGAGUCGAGUCCUGAAUUUGAGGUCAACAAAGCAACUGCUCCCACUGCACUGUUGCCUUCCAUUCCCUUGGUGUUAGAAGAAUCUCCUGAAUACCAAGUUGUCUUUGAGCUGGAGUCAGUAACGACUAGUGUUGGAGAAGUAAUGAACGAAAGAGGGCUGCAUGGAGGAGCAGAACAAGAUAAGGAGACGGACCAGUCUCCAGGCCUCAUACUCGAGAAGUUCCUUACCUCCAGACAGAGAGCGGCUGCUGAAAAGGAUUUGAUGGCAAGAGACAAUCAAGAACAGCAUGUGGGCUGCAUCACCGAAAAUGAUGUACAGGUUCUUGGGAAUGAGGAGAUCAAAGUUGAAGAGAAUAGCUCAAAUCCUCCGCUGACUGUAUCCACUAGUCAAAGCAGGCAGAGUCAUCGUGACAUAAGGACUGUUCUGGUGAAAGAGGAAAGUGGCUUCAUGCUGAAUGAUGCUCCGGCCACACCUGGCAGCAGACACAUCCAGUGGAAUGUGGAGCCACUUAGUGAAAAUACAGUCAUUCCAUCAGUGGAGAUUGGGGAGAGGACAACAGACUGUCGCAUCUUGCCAGAGUUCAACACCAACCAGUGCAUCUUCUAUCCAGUAAAGGAGGAGGAAAAGGAGGUCCUAGUAGGAUCAGCUGAGAGCAGCAGAAAUCCAGAGGGGUCCAAUAAUGCAAAUGAGACAGAAAGCCAAACAGCAGAUUGUGAUAUGCAUGAAGGGAGCCAUUCUGCACCAGAAUAUCAGGAAACAAGGGUCAAAGGUAUUUUGUCAGAUCCUGGGGUCAUCAGUGACUUUGAAGAUCGACGAGCUGUGUCAGACUCUGAGUGGCAGCAUCCGUCAGAUCUCCGUGACUUUCUCCUCCAGAGUUCUGAUGAAGAGGACACGGCUGGUUUUGAAUUGUCUGAUCCUCAGCUUGACUCAGAAACAGAAGUAAUGGCCUAUUUCUACAAGAACUCAACCGUCAGCCCACAACAGCCAGCUCACACAUCACAAAGUUUGCCAAUGUCAGUGAUCCAGCCUAACACGCCAAGAGAUGACAACAGAACCAGAGAGCCCAUUGAUUACUUCUCUAAGUAUUUUGGUUGGGAUACCUGGGUAGAAAUUGCCAACUGUACAAAUAAACUAUCCAACAUGCCUAAUGCUGUCACAGCUAGGGAGGUGGCACGCUUUGUUGGGAUCCACAUUGCAAUGGGAACUUUGAAGUUUCCCAGUGUGAAGCUCUAUUGGGAAGACUUGACUAAGGUGCCCUUGAUCGCUGAAGCCAUGCCACUGUCCCGUUUCCUUGAGCUGUCUCGCAUGUUGAAGCUGACUUCCACAAAGUAUCCAGCAAACACAAAUGCCCAUGAAGGAACUUGUGAUAGUGACCAAUCUGGUGACAAGGCAAAUGGCUCAAACAGUUCACAAAAACAGACCGACCCCCUGUGGAAAGUUCAGCCAUUAUUGUGCCGUUUCAAAGCAGGGUGCCUGUCGUUAAGACGAGAGGGUGAUUAUGCAGUUGACCAAUAUCCAAUUCCUCUCACUGGAAAGGUGCACAAUGCCAAGCCGUCUCUCUACAGCACUGCAUUAAUUGGAUUUGGUGGUUUACUCUUACAUGUCGAUUUUAAGGUUGAUCUCUCAGACAAAGAAGAUGCUGUAGAAAAAAUGGUCCCCAAAGGUAGCAUGGUAUUCCUUUGCAAACAGGAACUCUCCACUCCUGUUAUGCUAGAACGCCUUUUAGGUGCUGGUGUUCAUGGAGCAGGAAGAGUAGGAGGAGCUCGAGGACAGAUUGGGGAUGAGUUUGUGAGCUCAGAUGGGAAACUGAUGCUACGCAGAUCACACUGUGGCUUCAUACUUUCUACUGCAGGAAAUGGCCAGAAGAGUGCAGCCUCUCUCAUUGAAAACUUUGAGAAAGCCCAGAUGUCGGCCCGUCUCAAUAGAGAUUUGAAAAAUCUUUAUUCUAUUCCCCUCACUGCCUCUGCACCUAGCUGCUGGCCCCAAGCGGUGCUUUGGCAUCUCACGGAUCUGGCUUUGGUGAACUCCUGGCUCCUAUAUCGACAGGAUUUCAGAGCAGCCACAGCACCUUUGACUCUCAUGGCCUUCAGAUUGGAAGUGUCCAAAGCUUUGAUCUUCUCCAGUAGCUCCGAAACUCAAGACUCAGUUCCUCCCCAACCACCUGCAGAGGAGGCUCACACAACAAAUGAAACUCGAAGUCCCAUCCUAGUGGAGGAGAGUCCUCUGCCAGAUGCAGCCACACGGUACGAUGGUUCAGGUCACUGGCCGGAACAACUUGGAGAGGGCGAAGGGGGCAGGUGUCGUUUUGGGGACUGCCAGAGGACAUCACGAGUGUUAUGCCUUAAGUGCUGUGUCUUUCUUUGUAUCUCACGUAACCACAACUGCUUUUUGAAUUUCCAUAAUCAGGGAAGUUUGGAAAAAGAGUAGUGCAGACUACAGACUUCACCGUAUAUUCUUGAUUUUGCUUUCUGAUUGUAAUUAUGAUUUUGGUGUAGGUAUACUCAGUAUCUCUGUCCCUAAAACUUUUCCAUGAUGCCUUUCACUGUCAUUCUUUUUUAGGGCUAUUGUGAUGCAGUUUAAAAAAAUGCUUUGUGAUCAAUCUUAAUAUGUCAUUAAGCAGUUGUUAAAAAAAAUUUUGCCUUCAGAAAGAAAUGUAAAAAGAUUCACAGGCAUACACUCUGCUGCAAAAGAAGUGUUAAAGAUGUUUUUAUCAUUGAGGCUACCAUGAUACUUUUCCCCCUAUUUAUUUUUACCUAAUCUAGUUUACAUUCCAUAGUGAGCUUAUUUUUUGGCUCUGUGAAUUGAAGUACUAUUUAUUUGAGUUGUAGAAAACAAUAAAAGA